AUGUUACUUUUUGUGCAAGAAGCUGAAAAGAUUAAGAAGCAUGAACCGGAAGGCUUAUAUAUUUUGUCAAAGGAUAUAGAUCAAUCAUUCAACUAUCGCAUAACCCUAAAUUAUAUUUUUAUAAUUUUGCUUCCAGAGAAAUCAGAGAGUAAUUGGACAAAUCCAAGACUAAGAGCAACGGGAGAAUACACAUGUAUUUUAAACGACGGGAGGGAACAUCACAAUCUGCUGUUAAAAAAUAAAGAAAAUGACUGUACUUGCGAAAUUGAAUAUGACAAUGACGAAACUUUGGAAAUUAAGGACGAAAUGAUCAAAAUUGAAUAUAGUAAUGAUGAAACUAUGGAAAUCAAGGAAGAACUUAUCGAAGAUCAAGACACUACAGGUCUAAAAAUAAUCCAAAAAGAUGAGUCAAAAUUGUGUACCUUUAAUAUAAAAGAAAUGGAAGAUUGUGCUUUUAACAUCAAACUUCCGACCUAUGACAAUCAGACUAUUCAGGAAUUAAAACAAGAACCGCAGAAGAAGUAUAGAUGCGAAAAGUGUGCGCGAAGCUAUCGGCAAAAGAAUAUGUUAAAUCGUCACAAAAAAUUUGAAUGCGGAGUCACGGCACAAUUCACAUGUAAAUUCUGCGACAAACAAUUUAAGCGAAAAAGUAACGUAAAUCGACACAUUCGUCAGGUUCAUCAAAAAACAGUAUUCAGUUAUACAUGUAAUAUAUGUUCUAAAAAUUAUCAUUCUGUAAAUGGUUUAAAUCAACAUAAACGAUUUAAACACGCAGUAGUCAAACCACAAUUUACUUGCGACUUUUGCGGAUAUAAAUCGAAUCAUAAAAAUAACUUGUCAAAACACAUUUUCUCACGCCACUUACAGUCAUUGAAAUCAAGGCAUAAUUGCAACGAAUGCUUCCGAAGUUACACUCGGCUAGGAGAUUUAAACCGACACAAACGUUUAGACCACGCAGAAGUCAAACCGGAAUUUAUUUGCGACUAUUGCGGAUAUAAAACGAAUUUAAAAGGUAGCUUGUCAUCACACAUGACUUUAGUUCACUUGCAGAGAUUGAAAACAAGGCAUAAUUGCGAUAGAUGUACGCGAAGUUAUGCUUGGUUAAGUGCUUUAAAUCGACAUAAGCGUUUAGAUCAUGCAGCAAUCAAACUGCAGUUUACUUGUGAUUUUUGUGGAUACAAGGCGAAUCAGAAAACACACUUGUUUAAACACAUUAUUACACGCCAUCUUAAAGAAUAAUAACGUAUACCAAUCGUGAAACUUUAGAAGUGUCUAAUAUUAUGUUGAAAUACUGUUAUUAUUAGGAUUAUACGGUAUCAAAAAUUAUGCAUGGAUCACCAUUUUUAAUUAUUUUUAGUAUUUUAUAUAUAAAUUAUGUUAGGAAAUGUCGCAUCAGUAAGGAAAAAAGUACAUACUUAUUCUAGAGUUAAUAAAUGAAAACUUUGGAAUUUUAAA